AACUCAGUUCCCGCCAUAUACAAAACCCUAGUUUUUACUAAAUCUCUGCAAACCAGUUAUUAGCUUCCUCCAAGACUAAAGUAGAGAGAACCCGAAACCCUAGUUCCAUGACCACUCUCUAAUAACAAGUUUAGCUCCCGCCAUGGCUGAAGCAGAUGAAGAAACCCUAAGAGACUUCGAGCUCCGACUAUUUCGCUGCUCACUCUCCCCAGCUUCUCCUUCUUCUUCUCUUUCUUCAUCUGUCUGUUUUUCACAACCAGGACCAUUUCAAGCUUUGCUUGAGCAUCUUGUUGAAUUGAUUGAGAAGGGGAGUUACAGUGAAGCCCUAAAUUCUGAUGCUUCUCGGUUCAUAUUUGGUUCCUUGGGAGCUCAUAGGUCUGAUGAAACAAGGGCAGGGGCUGAGAAUUUAUUUGGUGAAGUUGAGAGAGCAGUUGUGAAUUUCUUGGUUGGAAAUGAAUCUGAGGCCUGGCUUGAUGCAUUAGGCUCAGACGAUGAUCCUGACAAGGAUAUCAAAGGGCUCUUAGUUAUGUGCAUCGGAAUUGCAGCUCUUUUGGUUUUUACACAGUGCAAUCUUACCGGUCCCCCAGGAGAUUUCCCUGCAUGUCCUUUGCAGUUACUUUGCAACACUUCUAGAGAUGUAACUGAAUGGAACAAGUGGGCUCGAUCUCAGCUCAUUUGUGAUGGUUCCGAUUUGCAUGGAAAAUAUUUAUAUCUGCAGUACCUAGUUUUUGCAAAGUUGUUGGUGUCCAAGGUCAAAGAUAUGCAUUUGGCUGGAAAGACACCCAAGUGUACCAGAAUGAAAACAAUUUCAUGGUGGUUAUCCAGAGUCAUUUUUUUCCAACAAAGAAUCUUGGAGGAUAGGUCAAUUUCAUUGUAUAAUACAUUGCAAGAAUUGAUUCAAGAAACGUUAUUUCAUUUUGGAAGUUUGGAAGAAGUUAUUGCUUAUUGGGGAACCAAGUUAUGUGAAGGAGAAGCUCCAAAGAUUGUGUCUGCAGCACAUUUGGAAGCAGGAAUUAUAGAGCAUGCAUAUAGUCAUACGGAUAUUUCUGGGCAACAUUUUAAAAAUGCUGAAGUAGCAUGCGGGCUUCAAUUUUCUGUCACUGGUGUCCUUGGUUUUCGAACUGUGCAUCAGGCCGAAGCAAAGGCUCAGAUGGUCUUAAUUGCAACUCCAAAUGCCAAAAGCACAGGAAAUGGUGGUCCUCUUGAAUACUCCCAGGUCCAGAGGGAUGGUUCUGUUAUUGAUAAAGAUGAGAGAACUACCUAUUCUGAUGGUCUUCAUGAGGAAUGUGACAUUUUGAUGGCUCCAAGGCUAGUAAGAGCUGGAAAAGACAUUGGAGUUGUUGAUAGCAUCAUCCAAAGCGGCAGAACUGCAAUACGGGCUUUAGAUACCAUUCAGCAGGCAGUGAUCCUUGCACAUUGCCUUUUUAUAAGAAAGAACACUCCAGAUGAUGAAAUGCAGAAAUGGGAGAUGGCUCCAUUUAUAGAGGCCGUCGAUGCGCAACAACUUUCUCACUACAUGGUUAGGUGUUUUUGUGAGAUUUUACGUGUACGAUGGGAGUCUACUCGUAAUCGUACUAAGCAACGUGCUUUGCUGAUGAUGGAUGAGUUGGUCAACGACAUUAAAGAGGUUUCUCCUAGUGCUGGACAUCGGAUCCACUAUGCUUUUGUGGUUUAUGCUCCAACAAUUCCAGCAUUGCAGAAAGAAUAUGGUGAACUUUUAGUCGCUUGUGGCAUGAUUGGGGACGCACUCAAAAUCUUUGAGGAACUGGAGCUGUGGGAUAACCUAAUCCUUUGCUAUCGCUUGUUAGAGAAGAAUGCUGCUGCCAUUGAUCUUAUCAAGACCCGACUAUGUCACACACCUGAGGAUCCACGACUAUGGUGUUCUCUGGGUGAUGUCACAAACAAUGAUGUCAACUACAUCAAAGCAUUAGAAGUUUCAAAAAACAAGUCAGCACGAGCUCAGAGAUCGCUGGCUAGAAGUGCAUACAAUAGGGCGGACUAUGAGAAUGCCAUAAGACAUUGGGAAGCUGCACUGGCCUUGAAUUCUCUGUAUCCAGAUGGUUGGUUUGCCCUUGGUUCGGCUGCUUUGAAGGCUCGUGAAUUUGAUAAGGCUAUAGAUGCAUCAACUCGUGCUGUUCAACUUGAUCCUGAAAAUGGGGAGGCAUGGAACAAUCUUGCUUGUUUGCAUAUGGUCAAGAACAGGAGUAAGGAGUCUUUCAUUGCCUUCAAGGAGGCUUUGAAGUUCAGGCGGACUAGCUGGCAGAUGUGGGAGAACUAUGGCCGUGUUGCAAUGGAUGUUUGCAACUGUAGCCAGAAGGACUUUCUGCAGGCCAUAGAAGCUACCAAAACUGUGUUGGAUCUGACUGGCAACAAACGAGUGAAUGUGGACUUGCUAGAAAGACUGAUGUUGGAGAUGGAAGCAAGAACAUCCCAGCCGACUCUUGAUGCUCACUCAACUAAAGCUCAUGCAUCCACUAUUGAAACUGAUCAGGAGCCAUCUGGUGAAUGUGCAAAUGAUUCAAGACAUGUGGAUUCUAGUAACUCAAGUACAAGGAUAACAGACCACUUGCUGGAUAUGCUUGGAAAAGUUUUGCAGCAGGUUAUUCGGAGUAAUGGAGGAGGAGAAAUAUGGGGCCUAUAUGCUCGUUGGCACAGAAUUAGGGGGGAUGUUACCAUGUGUUCUGAAGCACUCUUGAAGCAAGUUAGAUCAUAUCAGGGAUCUGAUCUGUGGCAUAAUGAGGAGAAGUUUAAGAAAUUUGCACGCGCUUCUGUGCAACUUUGCAAGAUAUACAUGGAAAUAGCCUCAUCAUCUGGUAGUUGUAAAGAGCUGACAACAGCAGAGAUGCAUCUGAGAAAUGCAGUGAAGCAGGCUGAGAUCUUCUCGGGUACUGAGGAAUACAGAGAGCUUGAAGCGUGUCUUACUGAAGUGAAGAAGCAAUCAGAUGUUGUUUCUGCUGAAAAGGUUUACUCAGGUUGCCGUUCUUGAUACGGUUUAGUAGUGCAAUAACAAUUUAAGUUAUUACGUUCUUUUUUUCUUUAAAAAAAAUGGUAAAUUGAACUUGUUAUGCGUGGAUUGUGUCUUAAGAUUAUUAUUGAUUUGUUUCGAGAAUUCAAACCCAAAAUAUGAGGGGGUGAGAAGACAAAUCUGUAUAGGGCCGCUAUUGAGCCACUUUUAUAAAAAUUCCCAAAUUACCCUUAUUCAA